UUUUAGACCAUUUCGUUCAGUUUGUAGCUUGGUAAGUUGGCUGGGUAGAGUGUAGAAAUGGCAACCCUGGACUCCCAAAAUCAAACGUUCAGUUAUUGGGAUUAUCUGUUUAAGGAUCUUGCUGAUCCCAGAUCCAGCGAAUGGCCCCUCCUGGCAGACCCAAUUCCAGUGCUUUCCAUAUUUGCUGUCUACCUGCUGUUCGUCCUGAAAUGGGGGCCCAACUACAUGAAAGACAGGAAGCCAUACAACCUCAAAAAGAUAUUAUUAGUGUACAAUAUUUUCCAAGUCAUUGCUAGCACCUACAUAUUUUACGAGGCAAUUGAUGCAGCUUGGAGGCACUACAACUGGACGUGCCAGCCAGUCGACUACUCGCGGUCACCCAGGGCUAUGAGGGUGGCCAGAGGUGUGUACCUGUACUUCUUGAGCAAAAUAACUGAGCUACUGGACACGGUGUUCUUCGUCCUGAGGAAGAACGACCGACAAAUAACCUUUCUGCACAUCUACCACCACUGUGGCAUGAUGUUGAUAUCCUGGGGUACCGCCAAGUACAUACCAGGUGGGCAUGGCACUUUCGUGGGGUUGAUCAACUGCUUCGUCCACAUUAUUAUGUACUCCUACUACUUACUGGCAGCCCUAGGACCUAAAGUGCAGAAGUACUUGUGGUGGAAGAAGUACAUCACCACAAUGCAAAUGGCACAAUUUUGUAUGAUAUUCUUACACAAUGCGCAACUACUAUUUUAUGACUGUGGCUUCCCCAAAUGGACCCUUUUGUUCACCUUACCCAACUCCAUAUUCUUCUACCACUUAUUCAACGACUUUUACAAAAAGGCUUAUAAUAACAACCAAGAUGCUGGAAAGAACAAAGUGAAGGCUAAGUAGAGUAUUUAUAAAUAUAUUUAAUUAUUAUAUUUAUUUAAUAAACAAUAUUUAACAACACAAA